AUGGAGGACCGCGGGGCUAACAAGCGCGACCGUAAGGGGACCGGCGAUCACCAUAGCACUGCAGCCAAGAGGGCUGAACGUCCCAGCAGCUCAACAUGGUCGGUGUCAACCUUACAAAGGAAGCCGAAUCCACAGAAGCCUGAGUCCAAACCAGCCCCGACAAACCCAACCGUCGCCACCUCCUACCCUUGUCGCGAGGGAAGUUGCGGCAAGAAAUUUGCAUCAAGGGCCAGCCUAGCCAGACAUGUACGGGAGGUGCAUGCGGACCCAUCGCCCUUCAUCUGCACCUCCUGCGGGGAGUGCUUCACCAGAAAGUUCAGCCUAGACCGCCACGCCGAUUCCCACAGGCAUGAUAGGAAGAAAGAUUGCACCAAGCCUCAAACAUCUGAGUCGCGGUCCCCAUCCACCAUGCCACCAGAGCCAGAACUACAGCUUCUCCCGGUCCCCUCCACAAGCACAUCCCCCUCAACCUCCACGGCCACCCCAAGACUGGGGGAAAGUCGUUGA